GGAAACGUCUGCUCACAGUGUGGGAAGAGCUUCAAGUACCAGUGUCAUCUCAAAAUACACCAGCGCAUUCACACUGGAGAAAAACCGUAUCAGUGCUCAGAGUGUGCGAAGAGUUUUAAUCAACAGAGUAAUCUCAAAAAACACCAGCGAAUUCACGCUGGAGAGAAACCGUAUCAGUGCUUACAGUGUGGGAAGAGUUUUAAUACACAGAGUGCUCUCAAAGAACACCAGCGCAUUCACACUGGAGAGAAACCAUAUCAGUGCUCUCAGUGUGGGAAGAGUUUUAAUUAUCGGAGUCAUCUCAAAUCACAUCAGCGCAUUCACACUGGAGAGAAUCUGUAUCAGUGCUCACAGUGUGGGAAGAGUUUUAUUGAACAGAGUGAUCUCAAAAAACACCAGCGCAUUCACACUGGAGAGAAACCGUAUCAUUGCUCACAGUGUGGAAAGAGUUUUUAUACACAGAGUCAUCUCAAAAUACAUCAGCGCAUUCACACUGGAGAGAAACCGUAUCAGUGCUUACAGUGUGGAAAGAGUUUUAAUCAACAGAGUACUCUCAAAAUACAUCAGCGCAUUCACACUGGAGAGAAACCGUAUCAGUGCUUACAGUGUGGAAAGAGUUUUAAUAGACAAAGUGAUCUGAAAACACACCAGCGCAUUCACACUGGAGAGAAACCAUAUCAGUGCUCAGAGUGUGAGAAGAGUUUUAAUACACAGAGUAAAUUCAAAAGACACCAGCGCAUUCACACUGGAGAGAAACCAUAUCAGUGCUCAGAGUGUGAGAAGAGUUUUAAUACACAGAGUCAUCUCAAAAGACACCAGCGCAUUCACAUUGGAGAGAAACCGUAUCAGUGCUCACAGUGUGAAAAGAGUUUUAAUAGACAAAGUGAUCUGAAAACACACCAGCGCAUUCACACUGGAGAGAAACCAUAUCAGUGCUCAGAGUGUGAGAAGAGUUUUAAUACACAGAGUCAUCUCAAAAGACACCAGCGCAUUCACAUUGGAGAGAAACUGUAUCAGUGCUCACAGUGUGGAAAGAGUUUUAAUAGACAAAGUGAUCUGAAAACACACCAGCGCAUUCACACUGGAGAGAAACCAUAUCAGUGCUCAGAGUGUGAGAAGAGUUUUAAUACACAGAGUAAACUCAAAAGACACCAGCGCAUUCACAGUGGAGAGAAACCAUGCUCACAGUGUAAGAAGAGUUUUACUCAACCAGGUAAUCUCAAAGAACACCAGUGCAUUCACACACAAUUACAGAAACUGUAUCAGUGCUCACAGAGUGGGAAGAGUAAUCUGAAAACACACCAUUUAUCAGUGCUAAGACACAAGUGUGACACAUCAGAUUGUACCAAACAAGCUAAAUUAAUAAAUUAA